AUGAAAGAUUUAGGUGCAACUAGUUAUAUUUUGGGGAUGGAAAUCAAUAAGGAUAGAAAGAAUAGAAAGCUUUGGCUUGGUCAGAGCAAGUACAUUAGUAUUGUCGUGGAGAGAUUUAACAUGUUAGAUUGCAAGCAGUUAGUUGUUCCAAUGUUGCAGGGAACAAAGCUUUCUGUUGAAGAUUGUCCAAAAUCUUCUACUGAGAAGGAGGACAUGGCCAAGGUGCCUUAUGCAAGUGCAAUUGGCAGCCUAAUGUGUGCAAUAGUCUGUACAAGGCUAGACAUUGCCCAAGCAGUGGGAGUAUUAAGUCAAUUUAUGGCAAAUCCAGGAAGAUUGCAUUGGGAUGCCAUGAAGAGAGUGUUUAGAUACCUAAAAGGUACCUCUCAAUAUGCUCUGUGUUAUCAUGGAAAUUUGGUUGGAUCACAGAGGACUGUAAGCAUUCAGGGAUAUGUGGAUUCUGGUUGGGCAGGGGACAUUGACAACAAAAGAUCCACAAGUAGAUAUGUAUUCACGUUGAAUGGUGGUGCAAUCAGCUGGAUGAGAAAGCAACAAGUUGUAGUCACUUUAUCUACUACAGAGACAGAGUACAUGACAACAACUCAUGCCUAUCAAGAGGUUGUUUGGCUUAAGCGUUUGUGUUAUGCUGUCGAGUUUAAUGCAGGACAUAUUUCUAUUUGUUACGAUAGUCAGAGUGCCAUUUGUUUGGCAAAAAAUCCCACUUUCCAUGCCAGGACAAAACAUGUUGAUGUAUAA